AUGUCAUUCGCUUAACCUCUUUUAUAGAAGCCGCAGUUUAAUUAUAUAUAAAAAUGUAUUAUUGCAAAAGAUAGUAGUUAUAUGUUGCCACUGAUUUAUAUUUAGAACCCCAAAUAAUACUUAUAAGAAUUUUUUCUUAGACAUAAGAAAUGUCUAAUCAAUCAGAAACUAUUUCAUCUAACUCUCACAAAAAAUGGGGAGGAUUUGAAGAUGCUCCUGAAGAAGACGAAGAUUGUGCGCUUGAUAUACCUAUAGAUAACUUAAAUGAAUUAAUUCAACAAGCGAUGCAACCUGAUGCAUUAGGAAAAGAUGUAUCCGAGGAUUUUGUCUCUGAUAGAAUACAGAUCAAAGUUGGUUGUCCAAGAGUUUUAAAUACAAUAGAUUUACAACAGUAUUAUUCCCACAUAUUACAAAUGACUGACGAUGUGAAACAAAGGCUUGGAAAGCUGGGGGUUAAUGAAAUCGAAUCCGUGCCUCCCGCCCCUGAACUACCUCAACCAGUGCCUGCAAAAUAUAAACCAAACUGUCUGAACUUUAUUCAUCCAUUAGAAACUGAUUUCACAAAAGGCAUUCCACAACCUGUACCUGAAAUUGAUCAAAAAACAUGUCGUGUAUUACUUAGGCAGAGUAUUUUGUUAUUAUUGGCACAGAUUGGUUACACAGAAGUGCUGGAUAAUACAUUAGAUACUUUUGUUGAUGCUGUAGAUGAAUAUUAUAGAAAUUUAUUAAGAAUACUUCACUCUAAGAUGGAUUGUGCUCGUAAGGGAUAUUAUACUCAAUUUUGUGAUAUUUAUGAACAUUCUCUGCAAGACGUUGGAGUAGGUGGAUUCAAUGGAAUUAAAAGAUAUUAUAAUCACUUUGUUAUCGAUUAUGAAACUCGUGUGUACAAAAAAUGCGUGAAAGCCCGCCAAGAUCUCUUAACCCUUAUCGAAACCCCUCCUAAACCACCUGGAACACGCCGACGACGUAAACAAAGUCUGGAAGAAACAACAGACCACGAUUUUACAUUCGGUUACGGUUCAAAUUUAGAAAGUUUUAUACCAUCUGUAGCCUCAAGUUCCACCAGCUCUCGAAACGAAGUGCCUGUUCUACAUUUACCGGAGGACGAUUCGAGUUAUGUAGGUGACAAUUUGUAUGAACUUAUACCAGAUGUUGAAAUUACGGAUGGGGGCUCUAAUGCCAGUGGAACAAUUGGUGGAGAUGCUAAAAGUGGAGCGGAGAAUGCUGCUCAGGCUGGGAGUAGUGGUUUGAUGGGAAUGGAAAUGACUUCAGAAAGGGGACACACUGAAGAUUCGACAACUGGAUACUAUGAUGUAGAAGACUUAUCUAAUUAUUAAAUUAUACUUUAAUAAUUACAAUGAAA